CUUCAACUAGAAAGCCUCGAUUAGUACAGAAAGUGGGGCUGACUCUGUAGACCAGCCUCCUCCUUUUGCACCAGAUGUCCUUGGGAGAGUGAGAGUAGCUGUUGAAGGCAGAGCAGAGUGAGCAUUUGUGUUUUUGAGAUGGCCAAGUGGCGUGUUUGGCGGAACCCUGUGAUGCUGCAGCUGUCCUGGACUGAGGAGCUGACCUCAGGUGUGCGCAGCAGCAGCAGUAUGCCGAUGAUCAGACACGCGUACUCGGAAAGUAGCAACAUCAUCAGGCCUUUCAAUGAGACUCCUGGACUGUGGAAGAAUGGGUGGGCUAACUUGUACAAUUUCUGGAAGUUGGAUGGCUUCAGAAACCUUCACCGCAUCAUGUUGCAAAACUUCAACACUUUUGGACCCAUUUACAGAGAAAAAAUUGGUUAUUAUGAAAGUGUGAAUAUCAUCAACCCAGAGGAUGCGGCCAUCCUGUUCAAAGCAGAGGGCCAUUAUCCUAAAAGGCUGAAGGUUGAACCAUGGACAUCAUACAGAGACUACAGAAACUGCAAAUAUGGAGUUCUAUUAAAGAAUGGAGAAGACUGGAGAUCAAACCGGGUGAUUCUUAACAAGGAGAUCAUUUCCCUGAAGAUGCUGGAAAACUUUGUGCCUUUGCUGGAUGAAGUGGGCCAGGAUUUUGUGGCCAGAGUUCACAAAAAGAUAAAGCGAAGUGGCCAGAACAAGUGGACCACUGACCUCUCUCAAGAACUCUUUAAAUAUGCAUUAGAAUCGGUGAGCUCAGUGCUGUAUGGUGAGCGUCUGGGGUUGUUGCUGGACUACAUCGACCCAGAUGCUCAACAUUUCAUUGACUGCAUCACCCUCAUGUUCAAGACUACCUCGCCCAUGCUGUACAUACCUCCUGCUCUCUUAAAGCAGACUAGGGCAAAGGUGUGGCAGGACCAUGUUGAGGCUUGGGAUGGGAUAUUCAACCAUGCGGACCGCUGUAUCCAGAACAUCUACAGGCAGUUGCAUCAGGAUGCAGGCGCUCCAAAGAAAUACCCAGGAGUCCUGGCAAGCCUGCUCAUGCUGGACAAGCUGUCCAUUGAAGACAUCAAAGCCAGUGUCACCGAGCUGAUGGCUGGUGGAGUAGAUACAACUUCUAUAACACUGCUGUGGACCUUGUAUGAAUUAGCCAGGCACCCCAACCUCCAGGAGGAGCUCAGGGCUGAGGUGGCUGCAGCUCGGGCUGAAAGUCAGGGAGACAUGCUGGAGAUGCUGAAGCGGAUUCCUUUGGUCAAAGGUGCUCUGAAGGAAACACUGAGGUUACAUCCGGUGGCAGUGAGCUUGCAAAGAUACACAGCAGAAGAUAUAAUUAUUCAAAACUAUCACAUCCCAGCUGGGACUCUGGUCCAGUUAGGGCUGUAUGCAAUGGGCAGAGACCCCAAGGUGUUUUUUCGUCCAGAGCAGUAUCAGCCCUCUCGCUGGCUGAGGACUGAGACACACUACUUCAGAAGCUUGGGCUUCGGCUUUGGACCUCGUCAAUGUUUAGGACGCAGAAUAGCUGAGGCAGAGAUGCAACUCUUUCUUAUCCACAUGCUUGAGAACUUCAGAGUGGAGAAACAGCGACAUGUGGAAGUGCAGAGCACCUUUGAGCUAAUUCUAUUACCAGAGAAGCCCAUAAUAUUGACUUUGAAACCCCUGCAAGCUAGUCAGUAAUGUCAUGUUGGAUGAAAUUAAUUGUAAAUGGCUUCACAAAGUACCACAAUAUAAACAUCUUCCAACCUUAGACACUGAUGGAGAUCAAGAAAAAAAAAAACAUUAAGAAGGAAUAAGCUAAAAAUAAGCAUUAAACCUCAGUUAUUACCUCAGUAAUCCUGUACCUAGUGAACAAAAUAAUGUGUAUUGUAGAUUGCUUAGUGAAUAAUUUGAUUAAUGGGGAAUGUGUAGUCUUUGUGUGAAAUAUACUGAAAAUCAGGAAUGUAUUGUACACCUUUAAUUCACCUGUACUUGGCAAAACUGAUGAA